CCACGAUUUGGAUCCAAUCAUCAACCCUUAAAUCCACGGUGGACACCACAUCGGCGCUCUCUCCUCCCUCUCUCUGCUAAUCAUCGGGACAACGACACAGCUGAAUUUCGCAAAAUUGCCUGAAUUUUGGUUUCUUUUCUGGUGCCCCUUCCUCUCUGUAGGAGACACGUCUCUUUAAUUGCAAAAUUAUUCGAAUUCCUGUUCCAGCCGUUGUGUAGCUGAGUUGACUCACUGGUCGUAUUCACCGAGUUUCGCCUCCUUGUCUAUUAGUGAAUGAUUUGAAGUGCAAAACUAGAAGAAAGUUCAAUUUGAAUCAUGAGUGGCAGUGAUGUAGAUAAAGCUCCCAAAGAAGGGAAGGAACUAAAGGAGCCAAAAACCCCUUCUUCUCAGGAACAGACUUCCUCUGCAUCUGGUGCAGUUCCUGCCGAUUGGUCUGGGUUUCAGACAUAUUCUCCUUUGCCUCCACAUGGGUUCUUAGCAUCGAGUCCGCAGGCACACCCCUACAUGUGGGGAGUUCAGUUCACUACUUGGCCCUUUGUAAACAUAGUUUGUUUCUUAGUUGCAUGCUUACUCUGGUCUUUGCAGCAAUUCAUUCCACCCUAUGGCACUCCACCACAUCCAUACGUCGCCAUGUAUCCCCAUGGGGGCAUAUAUGCCCAUCCGACUAUGGCUCCGGGAUCUUAUCCUUUUAGUCCUUUUGCUAUGCCUUCUCCUAAUGGUAUUGCUGAAGCCUCAUGCAAUGUUCCAGGAAACAUGGAGGUAGAUGGAAAGCCAUCUGAGGGAAAGGGAAAACUGCCUAUCAAAAGAUCGAAGGGAAGUUUGGGCAGUUUAAAUAUGAUCACGGGGAAGAACGACGAACCUGGAAAAACAUCAGGUGCCACAGAAAAUGGUGCGGACCCUAAAAGUGCUGGAACUGCAAGUGAAGGUUCUAGUGAAGGAAGUGACGAAAAUUCUCAAAAUGAAUCUCAGGAAAAGUCUAGUGGCAGGCCAGAUUCUGCUGAACCACCUCAGAGUAGGGGUGCACCUAAUAAUUCUCAAAAUGGUGCAUCUCAUGCAAUACCAAAUCAAGCUAUGGCUAUGGUGCCGAUUCCAGCACCGGCAGUGGGUGCUGUUAGUGGUGUUCCAGGUCCCACUACCAACUUAAAUAUUGGAAUGGAUUACUGGGGUGGUGCCCAAUCAUGUGCUAUGCCUGGAAUGCGAGGAAAGGUCCCUGCUGCUCCAGUCGCUGGAGGAAUUCCCCCUACAGCCUCAAGAGAAAAUGUGCAGUCACAACUUUGGAUUCAGGAUGAAAGGGAGCUUAAAAGACAGAGAAGAAAGCAGUCAAACCGGGAAUCUGCUCGUAGAUCCAGAUUGCGGAAGCAGGCGGAAUGCGAUGAACUGGCCCAGCGUGCUGAAAAGUUGAAAGAGGAAAAUGCAGCUCUUAGGGCUAAAAUGGCACAUAUGGAGAGCGAGUAUGAGCAACUUGUUGCUCAGAAUGCAUCUUUAAAGGAGAGACUUGGCGAAGUUAGUGGCGAGGAUGAUCCUAGGUGCAGUAGGGGCGAGCAACGGGCUAGCAACAACGAUGCUCAGUAAUAUCUGGCCCGUGUUAGCUUGAUCUAACUUUCCAUGACAGGGAAGCUGAUAUUUACGUAGUAUGUAGCUAAUAUUCGUCAACGCUGACCUUCUUAGUUUCGACACCAUCCGACGUUCUCAGUGUGACCAGUGUUUUAUGGCCAGGGAAGACAGGUGGUGCAUAGAGCUGAGCUCUCUUAUAUAUGCAUGCUUUACCCCCCAAUUCUGUCAAAAGGGGUAUUCUUAUUAAUUUGUAUGUUCCUCACAAUGGUUGGAUGGGAAAAAGGUAAUAUGGAGAGAAUAAUCUUCCUAGUA